AUGGAUAGCUCGCAACUCCCUCAAUACGACAGUUGCUUUGAUCAACGCAGUGCUGGUAAAGAUAUAAGAGAACAUUUACUAGUAAGACUGCAUUGUUCAUCAGGAGCAAAACAUGCCACAAUGACCAGACGUCGAUAUGUACAAUCAGAAACGACGCUGUCCCACAAACAAUACUGUGCCACAAACAACACUGUCCCACAAAAAACACUGUCCCACAAACGACACAGUCCCACAAACAACACUGUCCCACAAACGACACUGUCCCACAAACGACACUGUCCCACAAACAAACACUGUCCCACAAACAACACUGUCCCACAAACGACACUGUCCCCACAAACGACACUGUCCCACAAACGACACUGUCCCACAAACGACACUGUCCCACAAACGACACUGUCCCACAAACGACACUGUCCCACAAACAACACUGUCCCACAAACGACACUGUCCCACAAACGACACUGUCCCACAAACACACUCCCACAAACGACACUGUCCCACAAACAACACUGUCCCACAAACAACACUGUCCCACAAACGACGCUGUCCCACAAACAACACUGUCCCACAAACGACACUUUCCCCACAAACGACACCGCCCCACAAACGACACUGUCCCACAAACGACACUGUCCCACAAACGACACUGCCCCACAAACGACCCCUGUCCCACAAACGACGCUGUCCCACAAACGACACUGUCCCACAAACGACACUGUCCCACAAACGACACAGUCCCACAAACGACACUGUCCCACAAACGACACUGUCCCACAAACGACACUGUCCCACAAACGACAACUGUCCACAAACGGACACUGUCCCACAAACGAACACUGCCCCACAAACGACACUGUCCACAAACGACACUGCCCACAAAGACACUGUCCCACAAACUACACGUCCACAAACCGACGCUGUCCCACAAACGACACUGUCCCACAAACGACACUGUCCCACAAACGACACUGUCCCAAAAACGACACUGUCCCACAAACGACACUGUCCAAAAACGACACUGCCCCACAAACGACACUGUCCACAAACGACACUGUCCCACAACGACCCCUGUGCCAAAAAACACACUGCCCCAACAAACAACACUGUCCACAAACGACGCGUUCCACAAACGACACUGGCCCACAAACACACUGUUCCCACAAAAAACCCACUGUCCACAAACAACAUUGUCCCACAAACGACACUGUCCCACAAACGACACGUCCCACAAACAACACUGUCCCCCAAACGACACUGUCCCACAAACGACGCUGUCCCACAAACGACACUGUCCCACAAACGACACUGUCCCACAAACGACACUGUCCCACAAACGUAGACAUUAAACGGGCAGGAACCAGGGAAUCAGGAGAUGCUCGGGUAACAAGUGUUUCUAGUGAGUAA